AUAAAGAACGGCGCCCCUAUUGGUGGCGCAUUUAAACUUUGUGACUGAUUCGAAACAACAUUGACGUGUGACUCUUCAGAGCUGUUAUUUGAGGGCAAUAUUAUAUUUUUUAAGUGUGAAUUUACCAGAUUGGACUAAAUUCUAGUGAUUUAAACGGCAAAAUGCAGAUCUUCGUGAAGACUUUGACGGGAAAAACCAUCACCUUGGAAGUAGAACCAUCUGAUACAAUUGAGAAUGUAAAAGCCAAGAUCCAAGAUAAAGAGGGCAUCCCCCCAGACCAACAGCGGUUGAUCUUCGCUGGCAAGCAGUUGGAAGAUGGACGCACAUUAUCCGAUUACAAUAUUCAAAAGGAAUCUACACUUCACUUGGUGUUACGUCUCCGAGGUGGCAUGCAAAUCUUUGUUAAAACCUUGACUGGAAAAACAAUUACCCUUGAAGUAGAGCCAUCAGACACUAUCGAAAAUGUGAAGGCUAAAAUUCAAGACAAGGAGGGCAUCCCACCAGACCAGCAGCGACUGAUCUUUGCUGGUAAGCAGUUGGAAGAUGGACGCACACUAUCCGAUUACAAUAUUCAGAAAGAAUCUACACUUCACUUGGUACUACGUCUCCGGGGUGGUAUGCAAAUCUUCGUCAAGACAUUGACUGGCAAAACUAUAACACUAGAAGUUGAGCCAUCAGAUACUAUCGAAAAUGUUAAGGCUAAAAUCCAAGACAAAGAAGGCAUCCCACCCGACCAGCAGCGUCUUAUUUUUGCUGGCAAGCAGUUAGAAGAUGGACGCACACUAUCCGAUUACAAUAUUCAGAAGGAAUCUACACUUCACUUGGUACUGCGUCUCCGAGGUGGUAUGCAAAUCUUCGUCAAGACUUUGACUGGCAAAACAAUCACACUUGAGGUAGAACCUUCAGACACCAUUGAAAACGUGAAGGCUAAAAUCCAAGACAAGGAAGGCAUUCCUCCAGACCAGCAACGUUUGAUCUUCGCUGGCAAACAGUUGGAAGAUGGACGCACACUAUCCGAUUAUAAUAUUCAGAAAGAAUCUACACUUCAUUUAGUAUUACGAUUGCGAGGCGGUAUGCAGAUUUUUGUCAAAACUUUGACCGGUAAAACUAUUACGUUGGAGGUCGAGCCAUCUGAUACAAUUGAGAAUGUAAAAGCUAAGAUCCAAGACAAAGAAGGCAUCCCUCCUGACCAGCAACGAUUGAUCUUUGCUGGCAAGCAGUUGGAAGAUGGACGCACACUUUCUGAUUACAAUAUCCAGAAGGAAUCAACACUGCAUUUGGUUUUGCGUUUGAGAGGUGGUAUGCAGAUUUUUGUCAAGACCUUGACUGGCAAAACUAUCACACUUGAGGUUGAGCCCUCUGAUACCAUAGAAAACGUAAAGGCUAAAAUCCAAGACAAAGAAGGCAUUCCUCCUGACCAACAACGAUUGAUUUUCGCUGGUAAGCAAUUGGAAGAUGGACGCACACUAUCCGAUUACAAUAUUCAGAAAGAAUCUACACUUCACUUGGUGCUGCGUCUCCGAGGUGGUAUGCAAAUCUUCGUCAAGACAUUGACUGGCAAAACUAUAACACUAGAAGUUGAGCCAUCAGACACUAUCGAAAAUGUUAAGGCUAAAAUCCAAGACAAAGAAGGUAUCCCACCCGACCAGCAGCGUCUUAUUUUUGCUGGCAAGCAGUUAGAAGAUGGACGAACACUUUCUGAUUACAAUAUUCAGAAGGAAUCUACACUUCACUUGGUGUUGCGUCUCCGAGGUGGUAUGCAAAUUUUCGUCAAGACUUUGACUGGCAAAACAAUCACACUUGAGGUAGAACCUUCAGACACCAUUGAAAACGUGAAGGCAAAAAUCCAAGACAAGGAAGGCAUUCCUCCAGACCAGCAGCGGUUGAUCUUUGCUGGUAAGCAGUUGGAAGAUGGACGCACACUAUCCGAUUAUAAUAUUCAGAAAGAAUCUACCCUUCACUUGGUGCUGCGUCUCCGAGGUGGUAUGCAAAUUUUCGUCAAGACAUUGACCGGCAAAACUAUCACAUUAGAGGUGGAGCCCUCGGAUACUAUUGAAAAUGUGAAGGCUAAAAUUCAAGACAAAGAAGGCAUUCCCCCUGACCAGCAGAGGCUAAUAUUCGCAGGUAAACAGCUAGAAGAUGGACGCACACUAUCUGACUACAACAUUCAAAAGGAAUCCACUUUGCAUUUAGUUUUACGAUUGAGGGGAGGAAUGCAAAUUUUUGUUAAGACUCUGACUGGAAAAACUAUUACUUUAGAAGUGGAGCCUUCAGAUACUAUUGAAAAUGUUAAAGCCAAAAUUCAAGAUAAGGAGGGUAUCCCUCCUGAUCAGCAGAGACUCAUUUUUGCUGGGAAACAAUUAGAAGAUGGACGCACUCUUUCCGAUUAUAAUAUUCAGAAAGAAUCUACUCUUCACCUAGUAUUGCGUCUCCGUGGAGGGAUGUAAAACUAAAGUGAAAUUAUGAUUAUGUCAAGUAAUAAAUAAAUGAUUAAAAAAAUUUUUUUUUUGUUAUAAUUGUAGUUACUAAGUAGGCUGGCAAGGAUAUUUGGCUCUGUGACUAAAAUCUAAAACUUUCGAAAGUCUUAUUACAACAGCAUACAUUUGAUCUGGGUCUUUAACAAUAUGCAUAACCAAAUUUCCUCGAACUGACUUUCCCAUUUAUAAUAUUAGUAUGGUU